GCCGGUAGAGCGGAGGGAGGCGCGUCGCGGAGCGGCGGCGAGGCUGGAUCUCUCCCGCAGACCCGAGCGGACUCUCCCCAGCGGAGCGGAGCAGGUAUGAAGCGUCCAUCCAGCCCGGUGUGUGUGGAGAGCGAGUCCACAGUGGGCUCAGAGCUGUGUGUGGGUCUCCGGCGUGUGGAUGGAGACCCCCGGCCGAAACGUGAGCGUAAGCAGCGGACGCUGACGCUGUGUGAGGUGUGUAACAUCCAGCUGAACUCCAGCGCUCAGGCACAGAUCCACUACAACGGAAAAACACACCAGCGCAGACUACGGCAAGCCUCCCAGGCCAAAAACAACCGCACAGCCAAUCACAGCACAGCAGGAAGUCCAGUCCAGGGCAGUCCGUUACUGGCGUCCCUGCCGCUCCCCGGUCGGACGCUGCAGCCUCAGCUGGACCUGAAGCACAUUCUCCCUCUGAGGAUCAAUGGCUCCUCCCCCCUCAGCCUCUUCCCUAACUUUAACACGAUGGAUCCGGUACAGAAGGCUGUGAUCAGCCACACGUUUGGCCUGCCUCAGCCAAUUAAAAAGAAGCAGAUCAUCUCCUGCAACAUAUGCCACCUACGCUUCAACUCUACAAAUCAGGCUGAGGCUCAUUAUAAAGGCCACAAACACACACGCAAACUGAAAGCCAUCGACAACCAGAAGAACAAACAGAGGAGCCAGGGGAGAGAGAGAGAGCGCGAGAGGAAGAAGGAGAGAGCGCGAGAGGAGGGGAAGACCGGUCAUCCCCCCGCUCUUACGGACAGCGGCGUGUCGGAGACGACAGCAGUCAAGUGUGACGGACAUCCUCCCCACCUGAAACUAGAGAAAGCUCGUACUCAGGGUAGCUCCACCAAGAUCACACCCACCUCAAAUUCCACGUCUACAGAUGCUGGAGCCCCUCAGUCCCCCCAGGUUUCUCCCGGUUCCCAGCAGUCUGGAGGCUCGUGUGAGUCCGUCACUGACCCCGCCCUGAGCUCGGCUUCAGACCCCUCAGACCCGCCCAAAGCAGAGGAGGAGGAGCCCGAGGCUGAGGAGGAGGAGCCGGACUCAGAGAGCCGGAAAAACUCCAAGCGGAAUCUGCACUGUCCCGUCUGCAAAGUGACCGUCAACUCCGGCUCACAACUGGACGCUCAUUAUAGCGGCUCUAAGCACAAGCUGAUGUUGGAGGGUCAGUGCGUGCAGCCUCGGCGGCGGGGAGGGAAGGUGGCCUCCUCCCGCAUGAAUCCCCGUCCUAAACGCCAUGGCAACAAGAACAGUGCCACCUCCAGCAGCCAAUCGUAUCAUUGCGAUGUGUGUGAUAUAGCUGUCAACUCAGAAACUCAGCUCAAACAGCAUAUGAGCAGCAGGAGACAUAAAGACAGACUGGCAGGAAAACCCCCCAAACCAAAGUUCAGCCCCUACACCAAGAGCUCAGCCAGCUCAGUGCUAGCGAGCGCAGGAUUGGCUGGUCUGAUGGGCGGGGCCGGCUCUGCUUUUGGGGGCAUGUACCAACCCUACAGCCUCUCCACAGUAACGUCUCAGACCAAAUUAGCUCUUCAGAAGGAGCUGUCCAAAACCCUGGCCGCUAGCUUCCUACCUUCACCUUUGACCCCCGCAACCCUGUGCACCAUGGCUGCCAACCCUCUGACCCUACGGCACACCCACGGGGCCACCGCCUAUAUCCAAACCCCCCUGCUUAGCCCCGCCCUCUUUAGACCUGCCCCUGGACCCCUGCGGGCAGCUCACGCUCCAAUCAUCUUCUCUCCUUAUUAGCCCCUCCCAACAGGGACGCAUAAUCACGGACUCGUUUCAAAAGAAAACUUUAUUUAAACUUUAUUAUGGAGAAGAACUGAAAAGAAGUCAUUUAAGAAGAGGUUCUUACGUAUCAAAUAUAAAACUAUGCAGCUGGAGAGAGAGAUACGCACUGACCAAUCAGGAAGAGCCGGUUAUUACUCAAUCAUUAUUAUUCAAUCAUCUGCCGCCCAAUCACUGAUAGAGUUCCAGCAGAAACACUGAUCAGCUCGGGCUUAAACGAUUUUAGGAGCAAUUGUGCAUCUUUAAUCAGCUUCAACUUUUUUGUUUUAAAUGACAUUUAAGGUUUUUUAUUCUCCUCCCACAAACAUAUUCUUCAUAGCAACAGUUGCUAGACUACAGUGGCUUGCAAAAAUAUUCAUACCCCUUAAACUCUUCUUUUUACAUUUUGUCACCUUACAAGCACAAACUUAAAUGCAUUUAAUCGAGAUUUAUAAGUGAAGGCCAACACAGAGUAGCACAUAAUUGUGAAUUAGAGUGAAAAUCAACUCAAUAAAAAUCUGAACCCCUAAAUAAAAUCCAGUGCAAUCAAUCGCCUUCAGAAGUCUUAACUUAAUAAGUUAAUAGAGCUAAUCCAGCUGUGUGGAAUUUAGUCUUAGUAUAAAUACAGCUGUUCUGUGAAGGCCUCAGUGGUUUGUUAGAGAACACUAGUGAACAAAGAGCACCAUGAGGACCAAAGUUUAAAGCAGGGUUAGGUCAUAAAAACAUCUCCCAAGCUUUGCGCAUCCCAAGGAGCACUGUUCAAUCCAUCAUCCAAAAAUGGAAAACGUAUUCUACAACUAUAAACCUACCAAGGCAUGGCCAUGGUUCACCCAAACUGACUGACUGAGCAAAGAGAGACUCAGCUUGAGUCAGAGAAGCAGCCAAGAGGCCCAUGGUCACUCUGGAGGAGCUGCAGAGAUCCACACAUCAGGUGCACUUCAAAAUGAUGUCCUUUAUGAAAGAGAGGCAAGAAGAAAACCAUUGUUGAAAGAAAGACAUAAGAAUACUAUAAAAUCUUAUUAAAAUACAUUUAAGUUUGUGGUGGUAAGACCAAAAAAAUGUGAAAAAGUUCAAGGGUUAUAAAUAUUUUUGCAAGCCACUGUAGCUGUAACAGAAGUCCAGCUACUGUCGCUAACAUUUAUUUGAAAUGUUAAAACGCUAAACUCUAUAAUAUUAAGUAUAAUAAAUACUUAACAGCAUAUGUGAUACUGAAAAUGAUAAAAUGCUCCUAAAUAAGCAAAUACCAGAAAUUAUUUAUGGAUUUUAUUGGAGUCAGUUUCAAACCAAUAUUCUUCACUGCAGGUUUAUUAACCCUAUUCAUUUGAUUAUAGCGCCACCAUGUGGAGUAAUGACAGGAGUAAAGUAGUAACUUUAGUAAGUCAGAAUGGAGGGGAGUGAAUCUUGGGGAGUUUAGAGUGCCUAGGUUCCAAUAAAAUAUUGAUAUUUGACACCACAAAUCGCUAAUGUAUUUGAAAAUGAAAACAAAAGGGUAUAUCGCGAUAUGAAUAAUUUUUUCCACCUCUAGUGCACAAAUUUAGCAUGAACAUAUCUCAUGAUCAGGUGCUUUAUCACAAAUCUUUCUGGUCUCAAGAUCGUCUGAUAUGUCAGCCUCCUCUGGAUUGAUGAUUUAAUGAGAUUCUGCUGUUCUGAACAUCUCACAAGGCUUUUCUGGAAUUCUUAACUCAUUAUAGACUUUGGGAAUUUUUGACAAACACCUAAAAGGUGUGCUACAGUUUUUGAUGAAGCGGAGAAGGUGGAUUUUUUCUGGAUUUGUUCUGAAAAGCUCGUCCAGUUUUUGCUCAGGCUCUGGUCAGCCUGUCCGUUCACUACUCUGGUGCUUUCAGGGUGUAUCAACUGUUGCCAAGGAUACUGUAGUUUCCAUUUCCUGUCUGGUCUACUGCGAUGGACCAUGGGAUGGGAUGGGUACCUCCUGUCUCCACCAAUGAAGAAGAGCCGUUUCCGACAAAGGGAGCCAAUGUGAUGUUUUAGUUUUUUAGUUUGUUUGUGUUUGAUCUUUUAUAGCUAGUAGUAAAAAGAGAAGUGCUUUAGGCCUAUUCUAGUGUUUCAGAAGGCAGUUGCCAAAAUCCCUUUACUUGAUUUAUUAAUAUUGUUUGAUUGCUUUUUAUAUUAAAUGAACAGUAGAAUAGAAUGAUGAUAAUGAUGAUGAUGAUGAUGAUGAUGAACAGUGUAAACAAUAGGAGCAAAAACAAAGGAGGGAAAUAACACUGGAAGGCAUUUAAAAUGGGAAAUAAGAAAAUGUAAAAAUAAAAAAAAAGAUUUUUUCAGGUUGUUUCUACAUUUGCAGACGUGCAAUAUCAGGUGAGGGCUUUAGAGUGUAAUCGUGAGAAAUAUUAGUAUAAUAAGAAAUUAACAUUCUAAGCUGCCAUAUAGAAGCCAUUAAGCCAUUUUGUACUGAUUCAAUAACAGAUUAAACUUUUUUCAUGUUUUUUUUUUUACAAUAUUUAACCAAAUCUCUGUGGUGCACAAUUGAUGACUGUCAUUUCUACACAUUUCCCUAAGUAAACUGGUAAAUACUAAUUUACUUAAAAUCUGAUGAUUUCAAUUCAAUAAGCAGAAUUCCCUCAAUUCAGUAUAAAAAAAGAAAAAUACUGAAUAAUAAAAUUAUUACUGAAUUGUGUAUAUGCACAGUGUCAUUUAUGUUCAAGUUGUUUUACCAGCAGCAAAAUCGCUAUUUAUUGUCACUGUUCAUUUGCAUAAAGUUUAACUUCUUUACGCACUAAUUUCAUGCCAUUUACAGUCUUGACCCUCAACCCUGCUGAAAGUAAAUGACGCAUAGUCGCUUUUGUCGAUUACUUUUUCACAUUGCAAGCAGCCAUCAGCAGUCAGAGUCUGAGAGAGCACAGUUGGCUAAGCUCUCUCUGGGCGCGUAGAUUGUGCUCUAUUCCUUCAUCAAUCAUAGUGUGCCCAAAAAGCCCAAAAAGAUGAAUUUUCACACAAGCCCAAAUUGGCGUGAAAACCACAAACCUGGCAACUCUGCACAGAAAUGUUAAACUGGUGAAUGUAAGACAAUAUUACAAUUUAAUUAAGAAAUUAUCCCACAGUCCUAACAGUACUGCACAUUACACCUUUACCAGGUUACAGGUCUGAGGUCUGCAUGUUUUUAAAGGGGAAUGGGUUGAAAUUAUUGUCCAUGGUCCAAUAUGUAUGCACCACAGAGCACACAGAGCAGGUUUUAAAUACUGGUGUUCCUUUAUCUGCCGUUUCUCUCCAUAAAAUCCAAAAUACUUUAGUCCAAGACAAUCAGCUCCGGUCAGGCAGAAGGCUGCGGGAGGCUCUGGGCAGAAGAUGCCCUUACAUGGGCAUCAAUGUGGUAAAGGAUCAACAUUUCUGACUCAUUUUAAGAAUGGGAAGAAACAAUGGAGAUGAGACAAAAAUAAUGGAGAGAAGUGCACUACUCUUACACUACUUUUAAAAUUAGCCUGCUUUUCUGUACCUGAAAACAGAGCCAUAAACAUGCUAAGCUAAUUCUAAAGCAGCGAGUCUUACACAAACAGAAGGGGUUUUGACGAGUGCCAUACUUGAUGUGUGCCGUAUCACUUUGUCAUUUACAGUUACACCAACCAACUUCCUACCUCCAUGUUUUCCUCUGCCAACCAUCUAAAAUAGCUUGAUUACAAAUGUUCUGUAGUUGGCCAUCAGCUGCCAGAGCCCUGAGAGAGUACAAUUGACCUUGCUCUCUCUGGGUGGGUACAGAAAAUGGCGCUCUUUCCCCUUAUCACUCCUAGGGUGAUGUGGAUCAGCACAGGGCUGCAUCUGUGAGCUGAUGUAUCAGAACCGAGUCGCUGCGCUUUCCUCUGAGCGUUAGCGCUGUGAUGCUACUCCUCAUGAUGAAAAGAGGCGAACCACUCUGAAGAGCUCAGAGACAACACUCCUGUCUUUCAAUGUUGAGAUGAUCCUGAACGUCAUUAUUGCCUAAAUCAGAUGUGUUGGAUUAUGGUUGGUGCUAAACUCCUUUCCUAUUAAUAAGUUGCCAAAUUGGAGAUUUGAUGUUCUUGAGGUUUUUAGUUACAGCAUGGGCCAUCUCUUUUUUAUCCUAAAAAUUUUAAGUACCGGUAGGUAAUAAAUAGUCAAUUUUCCAGGGUGUUUAUAUCAGGGUUCCUACGGUCAUGAAAACCUGGAAAAGUUAUGAAAUUUGAAAAUAGCAAUUUCCAGGCCUGGAUAAGUUUUUGAAAAAUAAAAAAUACCCAGAAAGUUUUGGAAAAGUCAUGGAAAUUUGGUCUACAAAUCUUUGUGUUUCAGUUUAUCAAUGGAGAAAAUCUAUUUUGAGCUAAAAUUAAAAAUAAAUAAAUUAAUCAGCUGAGAGAUAGAAUGGAGCUCUCAGGAUAUGACAUAUUUUAUUAUUAAAGAUUGUGCAUCAUCAUUUUAGGCCUACUAUAAUACAUUUUGAUUAUAGUUUUAGUUGAUUUUUGGUUUUAUUGUCCAUUUCGGCACUGAUGUUUUAAAAAUCGUAUGGUUAUGAAAAAGUUGCCUUCAAGGCAUGAAAAAGUAAUGAAAAAGUCAUGGAAAUUUAAUGGGUAAAAAGUGUAUGAACCCUGUUAUAUACAAACAUACAAAUACUCUCCUACUUUUACGGUUCACAGGUUUUACUGAACAACAGGUGCACUUUACUGGAGUACUUUGUUUUUACGAAGCAAAUUAACAGUGCCAAAAGAAAGAUUGACAGUGUAUUAUGUUUUUUGUGCAAUACAAAAUCUCUUUAUCUAUUUUGGAUUCAGUUCUCUGUCUCAGAAUCUCAUCACUGUUUUAUCUGAUCUGUUCAUAUCAAUUUCUGUCUCUGGUAUCAGCUGCUAUUAUUUCCAUCUCCAUUUCUCUGUGAUUUCUGAACCCCGCUGUGCUGUAGAAUAUUAAAGCGUAUGAGCUCAUCUGUCCUCACCUGUUGUACACUUGAUGGAUAUUUUUGGAGUAUCCCUUGCAAUAAUGUAAAGCCAUUCAUAGAGAUUUUGUGUAUAGAAUAUUACUGUAAUUGGUUAUAUAAAAGAAUCCUCCAUAA